GUUUCAGACAUUAAUGAGUGUGACACCUUCCAUAACCUGUGUGUUAAUGGCGAGUGUGAGAACAUGAUUGGCUUGUUCCGGUGUAACUGUAACCAAGGCUUUAGACUGGACGAUUCAGGUGGAAACUGUACAGAUAUAAACGAGUGUACCAAUCCUGACAACUGUCUGUACGGGACCUGUGUGAACACCCAAGGGGGCUAUAUCUGUCGGUGUCCAGCAGGCUAUGAGACCAACCCAACAGGAACAGGCUGUAUCGAUAAGCGUCUUGGCACCUGCUACAUGACAGUUCCUCAGAAUCGACAAUAUGGCCGCUGUAGUGACGUGAUUACCCUGGACACGUACCGUGCCACAUGUUGUUGUAGUGUGGGACAGGGAUGGGGGGAGGAUCCUGGCUUCUGUGAGCGCUGCCCUGUCAAUGGUACAAGUGAAUAUAAGACGUUGUGUCCGGGUGGACCUGGCUUCAAACCAUCCAUCGAUUUGAUCCUCGAAGAUAUUGAUGAGUGUGAAGAACUCCAGAAUAUCUGUAAGGGUGGAGAGUGUCAAAACACCUUUGGCAGUUUCAUCUGUGUGUGUCCCACUGGGUACCGACUGUAUGACCACCAGUGUAUAG